AUGGGAAGCCAAGGCCCAGUGACAUGGCUCGAUAAGCUCGAGGAACAGAUCAAUGUCGAUGUCGACUGGAUGGACCCCGAGUACAUCAAAAGCAUGCCCAUUGUGCCCCACGAUCAGACGAGCAACCAGCUUUGGGUCGACAUCCAGCUCGGCCACCCGUCAAACAGGGAUCUUUUCGUCGAGACCGCGAAGGAACUGAAGAAUGAAGGAUGGUUGGCCAUCUACACUCGCAUGGCCGUUCUCAUGUGCAAGAAAAACAUCGACUCAAUUCGCGGUCGAGUCCUCUUGCAGACUCUCCCCUCCAACGCGUACAAGACGCAGGAAACCCUCGACCACGCACGCCUCUACGACCACGAAUUCGCCAAGGCCGGCAUCGGACGCGAUAGGUACUGCAUCAAGAUCCCCUCGACCGGACCAGCCUUGAACGCCGCAAAGAUAUUGUCUUUGGAAGGGAUCCCCACCCUCGGCACAGCUCUGUUCAGUCUUCCCCAGGCUAUUGCCUGCAGCCAAGCCGGCAUGUUGUACAUCAGUCCGUACUACAAUGAGGUGCGAGCCCAUGAUGAGCCGGAUACCCUCUGGCCCAACGUCGAGGACCCAGCUACGCAACACCCGAUGUCGCCGCGAAUCGUCCAGAUCAUUGAGACGUAUAAGCGACUCUACAAAGAGACCGGAAAAGAACAGCCUUUCGUCAAGAAUGCCAGCUUCAUCUCCGCCAAUGAGGCCAUGGCCGCGGGAGAAAUGGGAUGCCACUCCGCAACCAUCUCCCAUACCGUCCUCGAUCAACUGGCGAAGCUUCCAUACGACGGCACCAAGCAGCCAGGCGAGGGCGUGCCGAAGCCGGUACACGUCUACAAGGACAGUGGCCCCAUUCCGGAGCGGCUGAAGAAGCUCGCCACCAUCGAUCCUCUGGCCGCGGCCGAUUGGGACGGGAAGCUGGCGCGUACCGACGUCGACUACCUCGCCGACGGCGGCGUCGCGCUGCAGAAGGCUAUCGAGGCUGAUCCUGUCACGGCGACCCGUCUCGCGGACGCGCUCAAGCUUUUUAUUGGGGGCGAGAAGAGCAGCCAGGGCAAGAUUGAGGAGGUUCUCAAGCAGAUCUGA